AUGGCGAGAUCGACUAGUAAGGAUGCUCAGGAUCUUUUCAAUUCUCUUCGUUCUGCUUAUGUUGCUACACCGACGAAUCUCAAGAUCAUCGACCUGUAUGUUUGUUUUGCGAUCUUCACAGCUCUGAUCCAGGUUGCUUACAUGGCUCUUGUUGGAUCAUUUCCGUUCAACUCAUUUCUCUCAGGAGUUCUCUCGUGUAUCGGGACUGCAGUUCUUGCUGUCUGCCUCCGGAUUCAAGUGAACAAAGAGAACAAGGAAUUUAAGGAUUUAGCACCAGAGCGAGCUUUUGCUGAUUUUGUCCUCUGCAAUUUGGUCCUCCACCUGGUGAUCAUAAACUUCCUAGGAUAA